CUCCGCACCUUUGCUGCCUGCCCUGACCUUCUGCUAUGUUGACUAUGCUACUGCCUUAUCCUCCUGUACCUCGCCUUGCCCAGCUACCUAUGUGGUCGAGCUGUGUCAUGGGUAGCGACCUGGGUGUCGCCUGCCGCAGCAAGCCCAUCCUGCCUUGCGGCGAGCUCUGGUGAAGACCAGCGGCACCUUAGACUCCGCUCCCCAAAACGGUCCGAGUCAUCAGCUACACAGGAUUUUUGGGCUUUAGAUCUCUAUCUGACAACACACAACUUCUAUCUUUAAACAGCCGUAAUAUUAUAGCAUCGGGCAUCAAUUUUGAUAAGGUCUGCAGUUACUGGAAUGAUUUUCAUUACAAGACUUUUAAUGAUAAGGUUUUCUACUUCCCUGGAAAUUGCUCCUACGUUUUUGCUUCACAUUGUAAAAACAACUAUGAAGACUUUAUCAUACAGAUCAGGCACAUGACAAAUGAGAACAAUAUUGUGUUGUAUACCAAUGUCACCCUGAAAAUUGAUGAAAUUUUAGUUCACUUAUUCAAUGGCAUGGUGCUGGUCCAAGGAGAAGUUGUGCAACUACCCCAUAGCGUAUCAACAGUAGUAAUUCAAACAACUUUCCUAUACACUCAAGUAUCUUCAUCAAUUGGUCUGAUGUUCAAGAAGUACCAUGAUGGAAGUUUUGAGCUCCAGCUUGAUAGCAAAUAUAUAAAUCAGACUUGUGGACUAUGUGGAAGUCUCAUGGGGAUUGGUGUGUUUGAUUUGUAUGACAUUCCUCUUACAGAGACAGAGUUUGGGAAUCUUCAAAAAGCAGAUGGUCCAAAUGAAAACUGUCCAGACGCAACACCUGCCAAUUGGAGUGAUUGUUCUUCUAAGGAAAAUGAAGCAAUAUGUGAAGUUGCAUUGACAAGUAAUCAUUUUGAAAACUGUCAUCCAAUGAUUGCAGUUGAGCCGUAUAUAGAAGCUUGCAGGCAAGACUUGUGUCGAUGUAAGGCAGCUGAUCGGACAUCCUGCAUUUGUUCAACUGUUGCAGAGUAUUCCCAUCAGUGCAUUCUUCAUAGAGGACAGCCACAAAACUGGAGAAGUUCAGAUUUUUGUUACAAAUCUUGUCCAUCCAACAUGCUCUAUAGGGAGUGUGGCUCACCCUGUAUGAAAAGUUGUUCUGAUCCAGAAAGACAUCUUGUUUGUGAUGAACACUGUGUAGAGGGUUGCUACUGUCCUCCAGGCUAUAUAUUCGAUGAUGUUGGCAGCAAUGAGUGCAUACGUAUUGAGGAAUGUCCUUGUUCCUACAAUGGCAACAUUUAUCAACCAGGAGAAUCCUAUUCCACUUCUUGUAGGACUUGUUCAUGUUUUGGUGGGAAAUGGAAUUGUUCGGCCAUUCCUUGUUCUGCAACAUGUUCCAUAGAAGGAGGCUCCCACAUAACCACAUUUGACCAGUUCCGAUAUAACAUGCAUGGGGACUGUCAUUAUGUGAUUUCUAAGGAUUGUAGGAGAGGCCUCUUUACCAUUUUGGGUGAAUUAAGACACUGUGGACUAAGACAGACAGAAGCAUGUCUUAAAGGAGUCACCAUUUUCCUUAACAAUGCCUCAACUAAAUUGGAAGUUAUAAAGCCCAGUCAAAUCUUUGUGAAUGGAAUGAUGUCUAGACUGCCUAUUUAUUCAGUCUCAGAAAAAUACAUAAUCUUUCAGCCUUCACCUUUCUACAUUGUUGUGAAAUCAACCAGUAUUGGACUUCUGGUAGUGGUUCAAAUAUUACCCAUAAUGCAGCUGUAUGUUAUUCUGCAACCUGCAUUUAAAACUAAAACUUGUGGACUUUGUGGAAAUUUUAACAGCAUACAAAAUGAUGACUUCAGGAGUAUAAGUGGUAUAAUCGAGGGCACUGCUUCUGCUUUUGUGAAUACAUGGAGAUUGACAUCUGAUUGUCCAAACAUCCGUGACAUAAUAGAUGAUCCUUGUACACUUGGUGUAGAAAGUGCUGAGUAUGCAAGGCAUUGGUGUGGGCAACUUCUUGAUCGUACUGGGGUGUUCAGCGACUGUCAUAGUCUAGUAGAUCCAGAAAUUUAUUACAAGAAUUGUUUGAUGGAUACUUGUAGCUGUGACAAGAGUGAAGACUGUAUGUGUGCAGCCCUCUUCUCCUAUUAUAAAAUAUGCGCAGCUAGAGGGAUUAUAAUCACUGACUGGCAAACUAAUGUCUGCAGCCAGUAUCCCAUGUCCUGUCCUAAAACACAGAUUUAUAGUUACAAGAUUAGCUCUUGUCUACCCUCUUGCCGCUCUCUAAGUGAGCCCGACAUCCUCUGCAGAGUUCUCUUUGAUCCACUGAUUGGGUGUACUUGUAAAAAAGGCUUUUAUUUGAAUGAAAAUGGUAAAUGUAUUCCGGCUUCUUUGUGUCCAUGUUACUACAGAGGCAAUGAGAUACCCCCUGACCAAUCCAUAACUGAUAAUGGAAUUCUUUGUACCUGUAACAAAGGAAAACUAAACUGUUUGACACCAACUGUAACAGAAUGUAAGCAUCCAAUGACUUUGGCUAUCUGUAAUACCAGAGGAUCCACAGGAACAGAGUGUGCUAAAAGUUGUCAGACGCUGGACAUGCAGUGUUAUUCAACAAGGUGUGUACCAGGCUGCAUCUGUCCACCUGGGCUUCUAUCUGAUGGCAGAGGAGGAUGCAUUGAAGCAGAAAGCUGUCCAUGCAUACACAAUGGAGUCAUGUAUAACCCAGGAGAGACUAUUCAAGUCAGAUGUAACACUUGUGUCUGUGAGAAAAGAAAGUGGAAAUGUACAAACAGUACUUGUUUAGCUACGUGUACUAUUUAUGGUGAUGGACAUUAUAUCACUUUUGAUGGAAAACGCUACAUUUUUACUGGAGAAUGCCAAUAUACCCUUUCACAGGACCAUUGCUCUCUAAAUGACAACGGUACAUUUAGGAUCAUAACAGAAAAUGUUCCAUGUGGAACCACAGGAAUGACCUGCUCCAAGUCCAUCAAAGUUUUUCUUGGGAGUUACGAGUUUAUCCUUGUUGAUGAUCAUCUUAAUGUGGCCCAGAGAGGGUCCGGUGACAAUGUUCCAUAUAAAGUGCGACUUAUGGGUAUCUACUUGGUUAUUGAAACUCAAUCGGGUCUGCUCCUAUUAUGGGAUAAGAAGACAAGCAUCUUCAUCAAAGUCACCAGUGAAUUUAGGGGGAAGCUUUGUGGACUGUGUGGAAACUAUGAUGGAAAUGCAAUCAAUGAUUUUACUACUCGUAACAAUGCCAUCGUUGGAAACAUAGAGGAAUUCGGAAACAGUUGGAAGUUGGUUGCAACCUGUCCAGAUGCCAAAGUCAACCGGGAUCCUUGUUCAUUGAACCCAUAUAGAGUAUCAUGGGCGCAGAAACAGUGCAGUGUCAUAGGCAGUGAAGUCUUCUCUGCUUGCCAUCCACAUGUUGACCCAUUCAAGUACUAUGAAGCAUGUGUUACUGAUACGUGUGCCUGUAACACCGGGGGAGACUGUGAGUGUUUAUGUACAGCAAUUGCGGCCUAUGCACAGGCUUGCGGAGAAUUCGGAAUAUGUGUCUCCUGGAGAACUCCCAACCUCUGUCCUCUCUUCUGUGACUACUAUAAUGAAGACAAUGGUUGCCAGUGGCACUAUAAACCCUGUGGUGCUCCAUGCAUGAAAACCUGUAGAAAUCCAAGUGGAAAAUGCAAUUAUCUGAUAAGAGGCCUAGAAGGAUGCUACCCCCAUUGUCCUCCUGAUAAACCUUAUUUUGAUGAAGAUGAAAUGCAGUGUGUUGCAGUAUGUGGCUGCUAUGACGAGGAAAGGAAACAUUACAAGCUGGGGGCAGAGGUUCCAAGUGGGCAGAACUGCUAUAUUUGUACCUGUACUAUGGAUGGUAUAAAUUGCGUUUAUGAUGUUUACGCAUGUAUAUGUACCUAUGAAGGGAACAUAUACAAAUACAAUGAAGUUGUAUACAACAUUACAAGUAUAGAAGGCUGUGUCUCUGGUAUUUGCAAAGAAAAUGGGACCAUCCUCAGAGAAGUCUACCCCUGCCCCACUGCUACACAAGUCCCACAUACCACAGUAUUAACAAAAACGACUACCCUUACCACCACACGCUCAACAGUAAAAACCAUACCUACAACAACUAGAAGACGGACAACUACAAUUAAGACUAGUUUACCAACUACACCAUGUCAAGUAAUCUGUAAAUGGACAGAGUACUUUAGUUUACACACAGUUACCUUGGGGAACAAUGGAGGAGAUUUUGAAAAUCUUGAUAUAAUAAGAAGAGCUGGUUUUAAAGUAUGUGCAAAUCCCAAAAAGAUUGAAUGCAGACCAAAAGAUACGGAUGCUUUAACACAAAUUAUUACAUGUUCUCUAGAUGAUGGGUUGAUAUGCCAAAAUAAGCAUCAAAUAACCAACUUUAAGACAUGUUAUGAUUAUGAGAUCAGGUACAAAUGCUGUCAGAUUUUCUGCAAAACUACAUCAAUUAAAACCACAUCUCCAAAAACCACAACGCCCACAACCAGAUCACAAGGAACUAAAACCCUGUUUACAUCACCGACAAAAUCUCUAAGAUCAACGUCUCCAAAACUCCGAACCUCAACUUUUAAAACAAAGUCAACUUCUAAUCUUACAGGAUAUCCAGUCACAUGUACUCCAAGGUGUUACGUUUCAGAGUGGAUAAGUGUGAAUGAGCCAGAAUCUGGAGAGUUUGGAGGUGAAUAUGAAAACUUUGAACUAUUAAAGGCAGCUGGAAAAAAAGUUUGUUACAAACCAGUUGCAAUCGAGUGUCGAAUAAAGGGCUCUGACAAAAACCCAUCAAUCUUUGAAGAAAUGCAGGAAAUAACAUGUGAUUUACAAGAUGGAUUAAAAUGUCUCAAUGCUAAACAAACAUCUAAACAAUGCUAUGACUAUGAGAUACAGUAUAUAUGUUGCGAUGAUGUAAGUCACUGUAGGCCAACAACUACAACAAUCUGCUCUUGUAACGAGAAUGGGUCAGUAUUCAAACCAGGUGAUACAAUUUCUAGCACAACAGAUCCUUCUGGUUGCAUUAUAUCUAAAAUUUGCAGUCAAAAUUGUAAAGUAACAACAUUGAAGUCCUGUCCUACAACUUCAAGUGCUACAACAACAUUAAGGAUCACUUCUUCCACCACUAGUCCAAUUACAAAAACUACUAAGACUACAGUGAAAACAUCAACAGUACAGUCUACAACUGUCCCUUUUACAUUUGUUACUUUGCCUAAGACUACUAUGUCAACAACUCGAUCUACAAUAUUGUCAUUUACAACUCCAAAGACUACAAUAAAAUCAUCUCCAACCGCUACCACUGCAUCAGCAGAAACAACUACUCAGAGGACCACAGUAUCUACUCCUAAAACAUCAUUUAAAAGUUCAACCCGAAUAAAAACCACUCGUCCAUCUACCACUGCCUCAACAAAAACUACUCGGUCGACUACAGUAACUACUCCUAAAACAUCAAUAAGAACUAGAACCACAACAAAGACCACUCGUCCAUCUACCACUGCUUUAACAAAAACUACUCGGUUGACUACAGUAACUAUUUCUAAAAGAUCACCUAGAACUAGAACCACAAUAGAGACCACUCUCCCAUCUACCACUGCCUCAACACAAAGUACUCUGUUGACUACAGUAACAAUUAUGAAAACAUCACCAAAAACUAGAACCACAAUAAAGACUACUCCAUCUACCACUGCUUCAACAAAAAGUACUCUGUUUACUACAGUAACAAGUCCUAAGACGUCACCAAGAACUGAAACCACAACAAAGACCAGUCGUCAAUCUACCACUGCUUCAACAAGAAGUACUCUGUUGACUACAGUUACAAUUUCUAAAACGUCACCAAGAACUAGAACCACAACAAAGACCACUCGUCCAUCUACCGCUGCCUCUACAAAAAGUACUCUGUUUACUACAGUAACAAGUCCUAAGACAUCACGGAAAACUAGAACCACAACAAAGACCACUCGUCCAUCUACCGCUGCCUCUACAAAAAGUACUCUGUUUACUACAGUAACAAGUCCUAAGACAUCACGGAAAACUAGAACCACAACAAAGACCACUCGUCCAUCUACCGCUGCCUCUACAAAAAGUACUCUGUUUACUACAGUAACAAGUCCUAAGACAUCACGGAAAACUAGAACCACAACAAAGACCACUCGUCCAUCUACCGCUGCCUCUACAAAAAGUACUCUGUUUACUACAGUAACAAGUCCUAAGACAUCACGGAAAACUAGAACCACAAUAAAGACUACUCCAUCUACCACUGCUUCAACAAAAAGUACUCUGUUUACUACAGUAACAAGUCCAAAAACGUCACCAAGAACUGGAACCACAACAAAGACCAUGCGAUCAUCUAGGACUGCCUUAACAGGAACCACUCGCUUGUCUACAGAAACUACUUCUAAAACAUCAACAAAAACUGGAACCACAACAAAAACUACACGUCCAUCUACCACUCCCCCAACAAAAACUACUCGAUUGACUACAGUAUCAACUACUAAAACAUCACUGAGAACUACCAGCUCAGCAAUAUCGACUUUUCCAUCUACCACUGCCUCAACAAAAGCUACUCACUCGACAACAGUAACUACUCCUACAACAUCAUUGAGAAGCACAAGCACAACACCAUCAACUCUUCCAUCUUCCACUGCUUUAAAAACCACAACUCUUGUAACAACUCCUGAAAUAUCAACAAAAACGGCAACCACAACAAAAUCUACUCCUCCAACUACCACUAUAAUAUCUUCUACCACUGUCAAAACAGAAACUACUCAGUUUACCACUUUACAUGGUUGCUCUGGAAGAAAGGUAAACGAGACUUGGUUAACUGACAACUGCACUUAUGCCACAUGUUUGGGAAACAAUGUGAUUGUUUUAAAAAAUGUGACUUGUCCUCCUAUAACAACAGAGUCCUGUGCCAAUGGAGUAAAACCUACUGUUAUAUAUAGUGAUGAUGGCUGCUGCAUUCAGAAGGUCUGCGAAUGUAUUUGCAGUGGAUGGGGAGGUCGCUUCUUUGUGACUUUUGAUGGAACUUCUUACAGUUAUCAGGACACGUGUACAAAUGUCCUGGUAAAAGAAAUUAAUCAAACAUAUGGGAAUUUUAGUGUUCUCUUAGAUAAAUCCAACUGCUCCACCCCAUUUAAUGAUUCCUGUGAACUUACUUUAUUAGUUCAAUAUAAAGGCUAUGAUGUGAAGCUGACACAAAAGAGAGGUGUUACUAUGGCCUUCUUUAACUCAGUAAAUGUUUACCCAGUUUUUAUCAUGGAUGAUAUUGUAAUUUACGGCAGCUUUGAAAAAAUGGUAGUAUCUAUAACCACUAUUGAUGCUUACAUCAGCUUGACCAGUACAUUGUUUGAAAUAAAGUUGUCAUCUACCUUGUUCAAGAACAAUACUGAAGGACAAUGUGGUACUUGUUCUAACAACAGGGAAGAUGAUUGUCGUCUUCCAGAUGGAACCAUCAUUUCGGAUUGUUCUAGCAUGGCCUCUUACUGGAAGGUUGAUAGUUUAUCUAAACUGAAUUGUGGCUUUGUUACAAGCACCCCUUCCACUAGACCUCUACCUAGUUUAACUACGUUUUGCCCCUUCUCUUCAAUAUGUACAAUUAUUUCAAGCAACGUAUUUGAUGAAUGUCACAAAAUUGUUCCAUAUGAAGUAUACCUCAAGCAAUGUUUUGCAAGUCAUUGCGAUAAAACUACUUUCUGUGACAGUGUGAAAGCCUAUGCAGCAAAAUGUAUCAAUUAUGGAAAGUGCACAGAUUGGCGGAAAGAUACUGAAUGUUCUUAUAACUGUCCUGACUCAAAAGUUUAUAAAGCAUGCAGCAACAUUCAACAACCUACCUGCAGUUCAAGAAUUCCUCCAAAUAUUCCAAAUUUUAUUGGAGACGUAUGUGUCUGCCCCAAUAACACAAUUCUAUCCAUUGCAACUCAAGAUAUAUGUGUUCCCCAGUGUGGUUGUGUUGGGCCUAAUGGAGAGCUUAAAAAGCCCAAUGACUCUUGGAUUGUCAACUGCUCCAUCUGCACCUGUAUUGCAAUCACAUAUGCUGUCCAGUGCCGACCAAUACAGUGCCCACCACUUGUCCCUCCACCCUGCGAUAAGAUAGGCUUUAUAUUGGUGCAAGUUCAAGAUCCAGCAAAUCCUUGCUGUCAAAAGAUAAUAUGUGAGCCUGACAAUGUAUGUGUGGUUAACAACACUAUUUACAAGCCAGGUGCUAUUAUUCCACCAUCCUAUGAUAACCCUUGUUAUAAAUGUAACUGCACUAGUAAUAAGGAUCCCCUAACAAAGCUAAAUGCAGUAAACUGUGUGACCAAAACCUGUAAAGAAAACUGUAAGCUGGGCUUCGAACGCCAGCCAGCCCGUGGACAUUGUUGUUACUGUGUCCAAGUGGCUUGUAUCAUCCCGCUUCCAAACGGAACCCUAAUACUACUUCAGGCUAAUGCUACUUGGUAUCCAUCUGAUAAUAAAUGCUUAUACUACGAAUGUCAAAAUGUAAAUGGCCAAUUUGUCGUGAAAGAAAAACAUUUAUUAUGCACCGUAAAUAGUCAAAGCAACUGCUCACUGGGAUUUAUAUACAAAGAAAUAAAUGGUCAGUGCUGUGGCAAUUGCUUAAGGGUAAACUGCACUUUGAACAUGCCAGACAAAACCAUCAAGACACUUCAGCCUGGGGAGACCUGGUCACCACCAGGUGACAGCUGCACCAAAUACAAUUGUACUUCUUAUUCUGAGCUCAUCACUGAGCAAAUAACAUGUCAGCCAUUUGACUCAUCAACAUGUGAAAAGGGGUUAAUAACUACAGACAAAGAUGGAUGUUGCCAGAUAUGUACAGCAAAACAAGAAAGUAAAUGUAUAGUUCAUGGCAAUGUGACCAUUCUCCAGCUUGAUAAUUGUAAGUCUCUAUUACCUGUGAAUGCAACAUAUUGUGAAGGGACCUGCACGUCUAAAUCCAUGUACUCAUUUGCAAAUCACAAAAUUGAAGAGGAGUGUGCAUGCUGUGUGCCAACCAAGACCAGAGAAGCAAAUAUAUUCCUGGAAUGCAAAAAUGGAACGUCUUUCAAUUACAAAUACAGCUUUAUAGAGGAGUGUGAUUGUUCCCCUCCGACCUGUCGUGAUUCCCCGUAGAAAACAAAAUCCUAGUAGAUCAUGUCUGAUGCCUUUCGUGACGUGUCCUCUGUAGUCAAUGGCUUUGAAUUUUUUGACAUCUUUCACAACUAUAGCAGAGUAGUUCUUAUUAGCAGUCACUGAUGUUAAUUUACUAUCUAUUAAAUACAACAUUGUGUCACCUUAUGAUUAAAUAUUUAUGUUUUCCAACUUCAUUACGUUUAACUUUCUUAAUAUUUCUUAAUCGCUUUCUUGAUUUAGUCUUUUGUUUGCUCUAAUUUGGAAACUAUUAACAACUAUAAUUCCAGACACGUUUUUACAAAGCAAUCCCUAGAGCAUGUUUAUAACCUGCAUACAGUAGAGACAAUGAGCAGAAACAUACUAAGGACAUAUUUGAGCAAUUUACCAGGGAUUUGUAAAUUCAUCGAAGUGCUUACAGUUAAAGUGUUAUCCAGGAGAAGGAAAAAUAGUCUGCUCGUUCUACUAAAACAGCACCAUACGUUGUCUGUAUUAGAUUUCAUUCAGGUUUGUUGCAGACCAGACACUUUUUAAUGAUCUUGGGCAAACUUUUUACCUGGCUGAUGCAAUAUCUUUUUUUAUCUGUGCAAUAUGUUUUUCAUUUUGAUGGACAUGCUGACAAUCUCAUGUGGACAAAUGCCUGAACUCCAUUCUCCAUGUACCAAUGUACAUUUAAAAGGUGUUGUCUGGU